AAAAGCCAAUCAUCAAUAUGCAUAGGAAGAACAAUCAUGGUAAUUAAUACAUACCUAAGGCGAUCUCUUGGCACGUUGUGUCCAGUGCCUGAUCGUCUUCAAAAGCAGUAAGAAAUCUUUCUUCAGAAACGGUACUUGUUAGGUUACUGAAGAUUCGAUUAUAGCGCCUCUAAUGGUACUGAUUUAUAAUUUAGUGGAUAAGAUGGACGAAAAUGGCAUGUGAGGUGUUGUUAAAUUUCAGUGAAAUGUUUGGUUACACUAGCCAUCUAGGAUGGGAGGCUGCAUAGGCAUAACGAGGGCAAGAAAUGCCUCUGUCGACAACAGUACGGGAAAUUCCACGAGAGUAAAUUCAGGAAAUUCAAGGAAGAAUCAUCCAUUAUGCCAUGAGGCAAUUAGGUGGAAAUCAGAUGUACCUUUGACAGAAGGACAGCUAAGAAGUAAAAGAGAUGAAUUUUGGGAUACUGCACCUGCAUUUGAUGGACGUAAAGAAAUAUGGGAUGCAUUAAGAGCUGGGGCAACGGCAGCAGAGGCCCAGGAUUAUCAAUUAGCACAGGCUAUAUUAGAUGGAGCUAAUAUUUCUGUGCCAAAUGGUUUUUUAACAGAAUGUUAUGAUGAAUUGGGAACCAGAUAUCAAGUCCCUAUUUAUUGUUUAUCAUAUCCUAUUAAUAUUGUAAAAGAAGAUAGUGGAAGAGAUUCUCCUGCUGAUUGUUCAGAACCUAUUGAUAGUGGAGUUGAGCAGACAUUGAAGCUGAGAUUAUCAACUACAUUAGGAGAAGUUAAAUUGCCUGUUUACAGUAAGGACACUAUAGCUACUGCUAAAAAGAAAUUGCAGAGUCAGGAAGGUCUUGAACCAUCUCGUCAAAGGUGGUUUUUUGGUGGAAAGUUAUUAGGUGAUAAAAUGCAUAUAGAAGAAGCAAAGAUACAACCAGGUUAUGUAAUACAAGUAAUUGUAAAUCCAGAAAAAUUGGAUGACAGUCCUGUGAAAACAAGUUGAGCUAAUAUUAUACAAGAUAUACAAGUCAUAUUGAACCAUCUUUCUCUGAUAAGCACAUUCUUACCUGCAUUCGAAGUAAGAAUAUAUUUCUUUUUUAAUUUUAUAUUGUGUCAUUAUUAAGAGCAAAGCAGCAAUUCUUGAAGUGAUUUUUUAUAAUAAAAUGCACUUAAAACAUAAUUCUCGUAAUAUAUAAUUGUUAUAAGUAUUAAAUAAUAUUGCGUUUAAAUUGUGGGUUGUGAUUAUUUAAUUUUUAUUAAUUUAUAUACUAGCUCAAAAGAAAAAUACAGUGCUAAAUACAUGCCGAAAUAAUCUCUUAAAGAGUCUUUAUUAACAUUGGUUUAUUAACAUAAGUUACAUACUUAUACAAAAAGAAGUAUAAACACGAUUGGUAAUUAAUAACAUUUACCUCAUAGCAGGAAUGUUGUUAUACUAAUUUGUUACUACCAACGAAGGUGCUGGUGCUGUAACACUUGGGAAACUAAGUAUACAUGUAGAAAAUUAUUCUAUGCUGCUUAUUAAACCAUGUUGCAUAAUUAUAUGAUAUAAGAAUAAGAACAUACACUUAAAAAAAAGAUUAUAAUAAUAACAAUAAUAAUAAUAAGAAAAUUACGGAAAUAUUGAUGAAUAUAAAAAUACAAUGGACAAUAGUGAAAAAAUGAACAAGGUAUAUGCUGAUUAUUAAAUUGCAUUCUUUUGUUGUGUUUCUUACAGAUUUUAUUUUCUAGGCUUUUUGGAUUUAUAAUUAAUAACUAUAAUUUUUCUAAGGAUAAAUCAAUAGAAAAGAUUAUUAACAACCUUUGUUGCAUAAUGUGUGAAAUAUACAGUUCAAUGAUGUUUUUCUUUUGAUCGAAUUCAUUAAACUUUUGUAAACGUAUUGUGAAUGUCUAUAAGACAUAAGUUUGAAUUAUUUCACAAAAGUACAUGUUUGGCCUAUUAGUGGCCUAAAAUCUUCGAUUCCUUCCUAUAAGUACUAAUAAGAUAUUAUAUAAGGUCUACAUAGCUGAAUAAUGCACGAGAAAAGAUGUAAGACUAAUAAUUAAAUUACAUGUGGUGCAGAACGUAUAAUUUUUAUACAAUUUUAUCAGCACAAUCACUUUCACAUCUGUGUUAUAUGUGCUUAUGAUAAAAUGAUCAACACAGUAAAAUCAAUAUUGCUAGUUCAAUUUUAAUAGCACCUAAUUCUUACUUCUGCCCCACAUGUUACACAGAAAGCAAAAAUGAUAUAAAGUAUAAUUAUAAAAAAUGACAUAUUAUGCGUGUGAAUUUAUUGACUGUACUAACACAGCAGUGAUAAAGUUUGUUUUUCAUAUGCAUUGAUCAUAAAAUUAUAAUAUAUAGUAUUGCGUGUGCGUGUAUGUAUAAUACGUAAUAUAUUAAAUAUGUAUGUAUACAGGUACAUACGUUGGUUCCACUAUUCUCAAUUUGAGUGUCAAAGCAAACAUAUUUAAUCUUAUAAGUAACUUAUUUAUAAAUUGGGUAAUUGCAUACAAGUUAUAAUGACAAAAAAAUGACUGGAAGCAACCACUAAAAGAUAUGAACAUAAGUGUAUAAAACCCUGUUCAUAUAAAAAAAAAAUGAAAUCUUGUGUUAACUAUGCAUUUCCUUGACAUAUUAUAAAAAUUAGUGCAAAUAAAGGGAGCACUUGUUUUAAAUUUAAGAGUUUCAGAUA